AUGGGCACAGUGGAGGAACGCCUGCAACAGGUUCAGACGAGGAAGCAACGCACGAUUGACGGUGCCCUCACCGACGAGGAAGUCCGGUCACCAAGGAUCGAAGAACUCAACAUGGCAAAUGUUUUUGUUCGAAAAUUCCAAUCCAAGGUUCUCGUGGUCCUUGACCAAUUACAACUGGAUUUUGACAUCGAUACUGCUUGGUUUUCUUCUGCUGCUGCUGCUUUCUCACCUUCGCUUGGCUCAGCUUAUAAUAUAUCGACUUCGCCUUUUCAUGGCUACUCUAUAUAG